AUGCUACUGUACAGUACCGUUUUGUGGAUUUAUAUCUGCGUGUGUGUGAAAAACUUAUCCUUUCUAUCCAGUGUUUCUCAUUGCCGCGCGGCUGCGACCAGGGCGGAGCCGAAGAAUGAAUGCCGCGCGGCUUACUUUCAUCUCCACUGCGUCAUCCUCAACAUUCUUAUCCCCUGGCACAGCAGCAUACAUAAAUCCAUCAUCUUCUCCUCGCACGCGAUGGCGCGCCCCUCGCAUACGAAGCCGCAGGAGAUGUCAAGCUGUGGCAUCGCUGUGUCUCGAACGCUCAUCGGUCGCGCUCUGGUAGAGGUGCUCUCUCUCGUUGUCGGCGCGCUUCUCCUUCUCGUCGUCGUCGCAUGGCGGGCCUCGCAGGUCGUUUCGUUGGCGGUGUGGCGAGCGCUGCUAUGGCUUGCAAAUCUAAGGAGACUGGGCAAGUGGGGGUGCACAAAACUAGUUGAAACGCUGAAGCGCUUCCCUUCCGCUUCCGCUUUGCGAGCGGCGCGUGAUGCUUUCUUCAUGAUUCUCACUCGGCAGGAGCCCAAAGCUGCAUUCACCCGCGAGGAGGAACUCUCAAAUGCACGGCCCGAUGAUAUGGACGUCGUGCGUGACGUAGUUGCUACGGAUCAGACGUCUUUCAGCGAGGGAGAUGGUUCCCCUGCCAGUGCAAUUGUUCCGAAGCGCCGCUUGGUGCUCGUCCGACAUGCCAAAACUGUAUGGGACCGGAACAAUGAAGUUGCUGACCACGAACGUGUACUGUCUCUACAAGGCAGGAAAGAGGCGCAGUUGAUAGGGGCAGAGCUAGCCGCCCGCUUAUGGUUUCCAGACAAGGUUUUAUGCUCAAACGCGGUGCGCACUGUUCAGACAUUGAACCUUCUCAAUAUCUCGGAGCAAGACGCCCCAUCUGAUACUUUUUGCAUCGAAAGCCUGUAUUAUGCAGUGACAGGUGAGGAAAUGGCUGUAGCUGUUGACGAGGCUCUCGGUACGAGCGGAUUUGUUGACCAUAGUACGCUAAUGGUUGUGUGCCACAAUCCGGGCUGCGAAGAAUUGGUCGAGCAGCUAACUGGGCAUCGUCCACAGAUGGGGACCGGAUGUGCAGUUUUGAUGGAGUAUGACGAGGACAGCGAGAUAGAAGAUACUAAUAGUAUGUUCUGUUUGGCCACCUGUCAAAGGAAGUGGGAUCUUGUGGAGGUGCUUCAUCCGGCUGAACUGUUGGCAACGUCUUCCAGUUCCGCUGAAGUCUUAAACGGUUCAAACUCAGGAGACCAAUUACAGGGUCAAGAAAGCCACCACAUGCAAUGUCAGGAAAAGAAGGCGCAGGUUUCGUCAAACUGCAUACGAAAUCCCGGGAAAAUGAAUCUAUCUCUGCUUCAGCCAGUGUAUGACUCAUUACCAUUGAGAAAACGCUUACCAGAGUUGGGUGCAGUUACAUUUCACUUCUUGAUGGAAAGAACAUCAUUCACGAGAAACUGUUCAGGAAACAUCACCUUCAUCAUAUCGUGCCAUGAUGCCAUGCAUAGAGAGAUUGAAUACUUCGGGCAAACACCAUUUGUUGUGUCAAGUUCGAGACCAGUGACUCAUUUAGACAUUCGAGUAAGGCCUCACUACAAGCAGUUUAUCGCACAGACCCCCAGCAACUCGUUCAUAGUGCAACUUUCUUGCCUCCUUGCCCUGUUAAGCACUUUAAUAUUUAUCUGGUGUGGUCAGACUUAUUCGCGAAAACAACGAUCAAAAAAAUGGUCUCUUCGCCACCACCGGGAGACUCCCGGUCUUAUCAGUUGUUUUUCAAAACCCAUCAAUGUUCGGCAAAAGUUUGUUGAGAUGGCAACUGCUGCAGAUAGUGAUUCAUGCGAACCUACAACUUUUCUUGCUCAUGGAGCACGCCAUGCUAGCCCUCGAUCGAACUGCACGCUUCUAGAGAUGUCAUGUCCCGGUGCAUCAAAUCUUCACAACACUAUAGAACUGGCGAAUGUCCCGGUUUUGGCUGAAGAGCAAGACUAUCCACUGUGUGCAGUGGACCGGACGCCACUGAUUUCGAUCAAAUAUGGGGCCGCCGUCUUCAGCUCAGCAACCCAAAGCGUGACACAGAUGCAGGGUGGGUACAUGACAUUGGGCUGCUUUCGGCACAGCUCGUUGCGGCAAUUUAAGAAGCGACAUAGCCCGCGCACCACGCAAAGGUAUUUGCCGCAACAUUGCGCAAGAGAGGAGUUGAGUCGUCACCCCCUGUGCUUGCAGAUCGACAGCCUUAACCCACUUUCCUACAAAAGGGUGACAGGUCGGAAUUCCUUGAUCUGCUCGCGGGGCCCAAACCCAUCGGCGACGAAGUCGCUUUUCUCGGUCUACGUGCCACGAACCCCUGCUCUCUCCUCAAGCCAUUUACUUUACCCCGUGAGCCCCGGGCAGUAA